CAAAACUCUCCGACACUUCCGGGCGAAUCCAACCGAUGGCAGCGAAUCCAACCGACGGCCGUGAGAGUGACAGAGCUAGGAAGAGAGAUGGGAAUAAAUAGAAUUAGAGGUGAAAGCUGAUGAUCUGACGGUGGCAUCUUCAAUAACAAAGGGUCGAGAUACUGAGAGAUGUGUGAGAGAGAUAUGCUGAGGGCAACUGAGAUGGAGAUGCAGUGAGAGUGAGGUUGAGGCAGGAGGGAGCGAGGACAGGAGGAAGGAACCAAUAUAAUCAGGGAAAAAACAACACUGUCUUGACAAUAUAUUGGAAAGAAGGAAGAAGUUCAGGGCUUAAAAUUACAGUCAGUAUAAGAGACCAAGAGUUUUUUCUCUUCCAGCUUCUAGUCACAGAAAUCACCGAAUUAGUUUAAAAGAAGGGGAUAAAGGAAUGGUUUUGCUGACGCUGAUUGCAGUGUCCUUGAAAGUAAAAGCAAGAUUAUUGUUGUGUGGAGCAAAGGGGGUCUGAUUCACAGUUAAAAUAGGUUAACUGAAAAGUAUGUAUUGAUGUAUUUUUUGUUCUCUCCUGAGAGCUGACAGUCAGGAAAGUAUUAGAGACAAAGACACUGCUGGAUAACUGAUAGGUUUGAUUGGAGGCUGGAAGGGAUAGGACCCAGGGAAGGGAGCAGCGGCCACAAGAUGUGGUUGCAGCAGCGAUUGAAGGGGUUACCCAUGUUACUCUCCAGUAGCUGGGCGAGGAGAAUGCUGGUAUGCCUUGGGAUUCUGCUCAUCUUUUACUGGUACCUGAGCUCGGAAGGUGGAUUCAGGCUGUUCCCUGGUGCAGCAGAUCCCAGGACGGUCACAGACGGUUGUCUUCAGGUAGAAACCCAGCGGUGGAAGUCAGCCAUAGACCAUGGCAAUGCCUUGAUGAGUCACAUCGACGGAGGUAGUCUGGGGCAGUUAUCUGGCCCAGCUGUGGUUGGCAAUGGUCAUUUGGUCGUGGAUGCUUUCUCUAAUCAGCUUUGGGUGGCAUCAUCUCCUGCCUCGGGCCUUGCAGCCGUCCACCUGACAGACUAUGUACCGCUGGUAUCUCUGACGCCACUUGGUAUCCGCUCAGCAUCCAGAGCUGCACUCAUCCACUUCCAGGAGGGAGUGGUGAGCUUGCUGCAGUGCAUCCAGGUCGGAUCAUCGCACACGACCCGCGAGUGCGUCACUCUCCGUGAAGAUGUGAUUGUGCAUCGGAGCCGUCCCCAUCUGAUUCUACAGAGGAUUCACAUCUCCAACCCCACAGACCGAGUGACUGUCUUCGAAGUCAACAAGUCGCCCGUCAUAGGAAACAAAUUCUCCUCCAGCCUGGAGAAACAAAACAACCAGGAGUUCUUCCUCUUAGCAGGGAGGGCACUGACGGAGGAAAGGGAGACCAUCUUGGUGGUGGUAGCCACAGAGAAAGUGGCCACCAGGCUGCAGGUGGCUGCAAAGUCUGAAUUCACAGAGCACGUGGUUUCGGUGGUUUAUACACUUGUGCUGAAGGACUUGACAGAUGUGGAGGAAUCAUUCAAUAAACUGAGGAAAGCAGCAAAAGCAGAAAUGUCUGAGCUGCUGAAAUUGGGAGCAGAAGAACUCUACCAAGAGCAUCGGAAGGUGUGGGGCGAUUUAAUAAACUCAGGAGUGGAGAUGAAGAAGAUUAUGGAUGCUCACACGCCCUCCAGCGUGAUCGUCAACAAGACUCUCUUCUACGUCCUCUCCACGUCGCCUGCUCCUCUGCUGGACCCGCAGAACGGCGCGGAGGAGCGGGAGAAGCUGGAGGCCAGCCUGAACUACGCCGACCACUGCUUCACCGGCCACGCCACCAUGCACGCGGAGAACCUGUGGCCGGCGCGCAUUGCCGACGUGGCCCACCUGCUGCAGCUGUCCAAUCUGUGGCGGCUGACCCUGCAGAAGCGAGGCUGCAAGACCCUGGUGGGAGCCGGGGCCCACGGCAUGAUGCAGGGCAUGGUGAUGAGCUUCGGGGGCCUCCAGUUCACCGAGAACCACCUGCAGUUCCAGGCCGACCCCUCUGUCCUGCACAACAGCUACCUACUGCGGGGGAUUCAUUACAACAAGGAUCUGAUCAACCUGGCCGUCUUGCUGGACGGCGACGAGAAGCCUUUCCUCCACGUCUCGGUCAAGCCUCAGGAGAAGCAGGUCAAGCUCUACGGCUGCGAGGCGGGCUGCAUGAACGACCCUGUGGAGCUGACCGCCGAACUCAAGGGGCACACCUUCCCCGUCAUGGUCACUCGGCCCAUCACACCCCUGCUGUACAUCUCCACGGACUUAACUCACCUGCAGGCCCUGAGGCACACACUGCACCUGAAGGCCAUCCUCGCCCACGAGGACCACAUGGCUGAACAGUACCCCGGCCUCCCCUUCCUCUUCUGGUUCAGCGUGGCAUCGCUCAUCACCUUAUUCCACCUCUUCCUCUUCAAGCUCAUCUACAACGAGUACUGUGGCCCGGGAGCCAAGCCGAUAUUCAGGAGCAAGGUUAGAGGAAGUGACGGAGCCGUCAACAUCAGCUGAGGACACGUCUACAAACCAGCUCUUUUUUUGAUCAAGAACUCUGCUUUAAUUUAUUUUGCUUAUAAAAGAUGUGAAACUAAACUAGACACUGGACGUUAAAGUAACUUUCAGCACGACUGUGGUGUGGUCUGAACUGCUCAUCGUGGUGAGAUUCUCCUGGCUUUCCAGCCACAAAUCCAUCUUUAUCUGCAGUAAAAGUGCCCUCGCAUUUUCCAGAGUAAUAUAGGCUUUGUGGUUCCUGGCAUUGGGUCAGUCUGCUUCUGAAUCAGCCGUGUGUCGUUUUCAUUAAAAUUUUCAUUUCGGGAAAGAAUUGUGGGGGAGAAAGUUUUUGAUCCAAAGUGUUUUGGAAUGAAAUUGGUGUGUGAUUUUUUUUUUUGAUUUUUUAUUUUAAUUUUAUUUUUUUUAUUACUAUUGAUUCUGUUAACAGUUUGAAAUAAACACAAUCCCUGCAG